AUGACGAAGCAUCGAAGUUCAGAGCUCCACCGGACGCAUCAGAGCUCGGGCUGGCGGAUCAGAGCAGAGGCUUGCCGAUCCGAGCUCGGGCUAUCCGAUUCCCGAUCAGAUCUCAACAUGUCGAAGCAUCGAAGUUCAGAGCUCCAGCGGACGCAUCAGAGCUCCAAUGAACGCAUGAGAACACGGGCAGGUGGAUCAGAGCAGAGGCUUGCCGAUCCGAGCUCGGGCUGGCGGAUCAGCGCAGAGGCUUGCCGAUCCGAGCUCGGGCUACCCGAUGCCCGAUCAGAUCUCGACAUGUGGAAGCAUCGAAGUUCAGAGCUCCACCGGACGCAUCAGAGCCCGACCGGACGCAUGAGAACUCGGGCUGGCGGAUCAGAGCAGAGGCUUGCCGAUCCGAGCUCGGGCUAUCCGAUGCCCGAUCAGAUCUCGACAUGA